CAUUUUCCAAAAGCAUUGGAGGUAAGGUGUAAAUUGUCUGUUCGACAUUGUACGAGUCAGGAAGGGCAGAUUUACUAUUGCUCAGCAAGGGUCAGAGCACGUUGUUUGAACUUGGAACCCCACGAGUAGGAAUGUCUAGUCUGGCAGCUGCAAGUUGCGAGUCCAGCGGAGCGGCAGCGGGAGACGCUCAAGAGAAGAAACCUCUUAAGCCUUGCUGUGCUUGUCCGGAAACCAAGAAGGCCAGGGAUGCCUGUAUUAUAGAAAGAGGAGAAGACAGUUGCAAAGACCUGAUUGAGGCUCACAAAGACUGUAUGAGAGCACUGGGGUUCAAGGUGUGAUUACUGCAUUGGAAAUGGAGUGAAAGUGUGUGUUUUGUGCUCUUACUGCCUGGCUUGCAGCAAGGGGGGGGUGCUUUUGGUGAAACUAUUUAUUUUGUCAAGGAUAAGAAGAGGUUUUGUCAAAGAAAAAAUAUGAUACAAAAUCAGAAUGUGCUUUAUUUUCAAGUCAUUAUUGACAAUUAAAAAAAUGUUUUAAUAAAUAUGUAUAUGUACCAA